AUCGCGGCAUAUUUACGAUUUGUGUAUGGUGCACGUGAUUUUGGAAAAGAAUGCAACUAAAGAUGUCGAAGACUUUUAACGCUAAAUUAGCGCAGAGAAUAUUAGAAGUGGAGAACAAAUACAUUUCAAAUUUGUUUUCGAAAAUGGCUCUGCCCAUGUCCGAGAUAGUGCAACUAGAAGAGGAAUCCGAACCUGAGGAACAACCUACUAAAAAGAGGAAAACGAUUCCGGGUCAUGGCGAUGGUGUUAAAAGGGCACAAACAUUCGAAGAGCUGCAUGGAAGGCUCGAAGCGUUGAAGGGUAAAAAGCUGGAUUAUAAGCAAAAGCUUAUUAAGAAAGGCUUGAAAAAUAGAAUAAAGAAAAAGACAAAACAAGGAGAACGUGCUCUCCAAAAGAAACUUGCAAGAAUAGAGCAUCAUGCCUCAGGAGGAGCAAAAAUUAAGGUUGAGGAGAACGGUAGCGUAAAACCUGUCCCUAAGCCAAAGCCAGUAUUCAACUCUGAAGGCAAAAUGGUAUUUAGCAAGUUUGAUUUUUCCGAAAUCGGGACGAAGAAGAAACCUCCCAAGACAGAGAAAGAUCCUAAAAAGGUUUUGCAACAAAUAAAGCAGAGGAACGAAAAAUUAAGACAAUUAGAACAAACUGGGGAGAAGGAUAAAGCGGUGGAAAUUAAGGAGAAAGAAGCAUGGAAGACUGUACUAGCGAAAGCUAGUGGACAAAAGGUGAAGGAUGAUCCUGAAUUAUUAAAGAAAACUAUGAGGCGAGAGGAACAGAAAAAGAAGCACAGUGCUAAAAAAUGGGACUCGAGGCUACAAGCAGUCGACAAGGCAAAACAGGAAAGGCAGCAGAAACGGCAAGAAAAUAUCAUGAAGCGGAAGAAGGAAAAGAAGGUGAACAAACUAAAGAAAGCAUCGAAAAAGGGCAGGGUUAUACCUGGGUUUUAGUUAUUUUUAAAUUGUUUAAUAUUUACUACGGUCGAUAUUGUUGCAAACUACUGUAAACCGAAACAGUGCAUUCGUGCAGGCGUUGUGCCAAUGGAAUAGUUCUUCGUUUAUUAACGUUCCAAAACAAGACUUCCGCUUAGGAGAAAGAUUAAACUGUAAUUUUCUACCGCAAGUUAUAUACAUCAUUGGUUGUGUACAAAUUGUGUACAUGCAAUGUAACAAUCUAGUCCAUGGUGCAGCCUGUCUACUGGUUUUCAACGUACCUCGAUUUCGAGCAGGAAACAAGGUAUUCAUUUUCGUCGAAAGAAUCGUAGACUUUCAUUGCACGAUGACAUUGCACAAUACGACUGAGAU